AAAACCUUUGGAGACGGCCUGCAAAAAGACAUUUUCACGUUGUAUCAAAUGAGCAGUAUCCAUGUUGUGAACAGAGUUUUUCUUUCAAUUGUCCCGGCACACAAGUUGAAAUUCAAAUUUGCAGAGAAAUGGAUCAGCAGCAGCAUUGGUGAUAUUCCUGGGAUGGGGCCCGGCUAGCUCUUGGAAGGCCUCCAUGCUGCCGUUCAUCACUCGCGACCUACCCUUCAGGCCACUCCUCUGUUUCCUCCACUCAGACGCCCGUGCCCCGGUCUCGAUGAAAGUGCUCAAGAGGGCACCGUGAGGACUACUUCGAGCGCGCGACCAGCCAGCUCAUGCCAGCACAGGCGUUUUAUAAGAUUUUGGGGUUUUUCAUUGUUCCACCCAGUUCACCCAGCGGUCCCACAUUGCAGCAGGGACAGCCACGACAGAGUUUUCCCUCCUCUCCUUCUGGCAUCCCCGCUCCCUCUUCCACAAGGAAGCAUUGAUGUGAACCCAUUUUUGUGUGUCAUCAUAGCAAACUCUGCUCCUUGAGACACCAACUGUAGCAGGAACUACCUCAGACAUUUUGGUGUUAUGACUCGCAGUGUCGUGCAGACCAUCCACGAGUUUAGUGCUUUAAAUUUUGAGCUCGUGCUGCUGAGAGCCGUGCGCUCACUGGCUGACAGGCUGACAGACUGACUGCUCCACUCCAGGUCUGCUCUUCCCACAACACUCACAAGACCAACCGGCACACACCCGGCGGAGGAGUGCCGGGGGACGGGAUGCCGGCGGCGGUGCCCACGUAAGAGAGAGGAGAGUCUGGAGCUCCUGCACCGGCAGCACAAACACGGCUGUCCGCCGGUCUCCAGUCGGUGAAAUAAUCACCUCUUACAUCCACCGAUCCCGCUGAUUGCUGAGCAGGUGGAAAGAGAAGGGGCAGACUGCGCGCACUCCGGGACCAUGAUCCGGAGCAGCACACGGGUUAUUUCUCAAGGAUAGAGCUGAGAGGAAGAGAAAGAAGAGGAAAAAAAUUAAGGAAAAGGUUUAUUAUUUUUUGUCUUUGCGCUUUAUACACUCACUCUUCUCAUCUAUCUAAUGAUUCACUGAAUUGUGACUGUUUUACGCACCAUGAUCCGGAUUUGCUUGAGAGUUAUUUCCAAAGGUUAGAAAGAGAGGAGGAAAGAAGAAGAAGACAAAUAAACAAAAAGAAGCUUGCUGUUUAUCUUUAUUGCUGAGUCAAUACAUCCAUUGAUCCCAUUGAUCCCGGUAUUCGGUGACUGGUCUGUGUUGGGAGAAAGCGCCGGAGGAGGUUGUUGAAGUAGAGAAGCGGGAGCGCAUCGGAGACGAGGGGGACCAUGAUCAGGAUCUUCCCGGAUUUCAGCGUCCAGGUGACGGCUUCGGCGGCCGGAGGAACCGGGGCUGGAGGAGGAGGCGGAGGCGGGGGGAUGGUGACCGGACCCCCGGUGGGUCGGGUGCCCGUGCCGGUACCCGGAGCCACGAACGGGACCCCGCAGAGCGUGCAGGGAAUCACCGCCUACCAACAAAGGAAGAUGGCGCCCACCAAGCCGAGCAUCCAGCAGGACCCGACGCGGAGAGAACGUGACCCCUACUGGGAGCGGCCAGCUAAUGCAGGCAGCUGCUCCGCCGCCCGGCCCAAGACCCUUCACCUGGCCGGCCAGCAGCAUACCUCUUCACCAUGGCUGCAGGCUCUGAGGAAGGAGAAGUCACGGGACGCAGCAAGGUCGCGUCGGGGAAAAGAGAACUUUGAGUUUUAUGAACUGGCCAAGAUGCUGCCACUGCCAGGCGCCAUCACCAGCCAGCUGGACAAGGCCUCCAUCAUCCGGCUCACCAUCAGCUAUCUGAAGAUGAGGGAUUUCGCCAACCAGGGAGACCCACCAUGGAACCUGCGAAUUGAGGGACCUCCGCCCAACACCUCGGUCAAAGCUAUCGGUACCCAGCGGAGGAGAAGUCCCAGCGCCAUUGCCUCUGAGAUCUUCGAACCUCACCUAGGAAGCCACAUUUUACAGUCUCUGGAUGGGUUUGUAUUUGCACUAAACAAAGAGGGGCGCUUCCUCUACAUCUCUGAGACAGUUUCCAUCUACCUGGGAUUGUCACAGGUGGAGCUCACUGGUAGCAGUGUGUUUGACUACAUCCACCCUGGCGAUCAUGUGGAGAUGGCAGAGCAGCUUGGGAUGAAACUUCCUCCAGGCCGAGGGAUGUCUCUAUCCCAGGGAGCAGUCAACGAAGACGGGGCUUCUUCAGCUUCUUCAUCGUCACACUCUGAGACACCUGAACCAGUCGAAUCCAGCAGCCCCAGUCUUCUGGCUCCUGAUAACUCUCUGGAACGGUCCUUCUUCAUCCGGAUGAAAUCUACACUCACAAAGAGAGGCGUGCACAUCAAGUCCUCAGGAUAUAAGGUGAUCCACGUCACAGGGCGCCUGCGGAUCAGGAUGGCUCUGACGCACAGCCGCUCAGUGCCCAAUCAGAUCAUGGGGAUGGUGGCGGUGGCUCACGCUCUCCCGCCGCCAACAAUCAACGAGGUUCGCAUCGACUGCCAAAUGUUCGUGACCCGAGUCAACAUGGACCUAAAGAUUGUCUACUGUGAGAACAGAAUCAGUGACUACAUGGACCUGACUCCAGUGGACAUUGUGGGGAAGAGGUGCUACCAGUUUAUUCAUGCUGAAGAUGUGGAGGGGAUCAGACAGAGUCACCUUGACUUGAUGAAUAAAGGCCAGUGUGUGACAAAGUAUUACCGGUGGAUCCAGAAAAAUGGUGGUUACAUCUGGAUCCAGUCCAGUGCCACCAUCGCUGUCAAUGUGAAGAACGCCAGUGAGAAGAACAUCAUCUGGGUCAACUACGUUCUCAGUAAUCCGGAGUAUAAAGACACACCCAUGGACAUUGCCCAGCUGCCAAACCUGCCUGAGAAAGCUUCCGAGUCCUCUGAAACUUCAGACUCUGAGUCCGAGUCCAAAGAAAACUCAGACAACGAGAACACCAAGGCAGAGGAGAAGCCCAGCCACCAAGCAGAACACAGUGAGGACCCAGAGACAGACAGCAAACGUCAGCAGCAACCCGGCCAGUCACACUGUUCAUCUGAACAGGAAAUGAAGCGCCAAGAAGAAGGAGAUAGCUCAAGUAACCCUGAGAGCCAGGAUAGUGAUGACAGUCUGGAACCUUCAGAUGGAGAGGGUGAGGAGCAAGAAGAGGCUGGCAGAGGAGGUGGAGGGGGAGGUGGAGGUGGAGGCAGGUUGGGGAGGUUAGCAGGGCUUGGAGGAUUAGGGAGUCUGGGUGCCAUCGGCGGACUGGGUAACCUAGGUGGGCUUCAUAUUAAAGUAGAGCACUACGGAGAAGGGGAAGACGUACAGCUGCGUAGCUCCCAAACGUCUUCAUCAGAAGAGGAAGAAGAAGAAGAGGAGGAUGAAGAAGAUGAUGAGGAUGACAAUGGGUGUGUGCAAGAUUGUGACAGUGUCAAUGCUGGUAGCAAGCUGCAGAAAAGGCGAAAGAGGAGGAAAGUGCAGAAAUGGGAUGGCUCGCGAAGCAGGAGGCUUCGUCUGUCUUCAACUACACCCAGUCCCAUAGCAAUAGGCGAUACCGCUCCGCUAGUCGACCCCUCUCAAGCCACAACCGCAACCUCCACCCAUCUCUUAGCCUCAUCUGGCUCCCCAAACAGUGCAAAUGCAGCAUCCUCAGUUCUGAAGAUUAAGACAGAGAUGGCAGAACCAAUAAACUUUGACAACGACAGCAGCAUCUGGAACUACCCUCCCAACAGGGAAAUUUCCAGAAACGAGUCUCCAUACAGCAUGACCUCCAAGCCAUCUGCUCCAGGGAGCCAUGAGACCUUCCCCUCACCACAGGGAGGAUCUCUCCAGGUAGCCAUUCCUGACUCUGUCCUCACCCCUCCUGGAACUGAGGGAGGAGCAGGAGGAGUGAGGAAACCCCCUUACAAUGGAAGCUCAGCCCCAUCCUCUGCCUCCAGCACUGUAAGCUUGGCUCCUCCUUCCAGUGCCUCCUCUGCCGACCCCCUAUCCCCUCCACUCUCUGCAUCCCCACGGGACAAGCAACAAGGCACUCCCACAACCUCUUCUUCCUCAUCUUCUUCUUCAUCCUCCUCAACCUCUUCUUCUUCACUGCUGUACUCUGGGGACCUUGAAGCACUUCAGCGCCUGCAAGCUGGUAACGUGGUGCUUCCGCUGGUCCACCGAGUCACAGGUACUCUGGCCUCCACCAGCACGACAGCUCCACGGGUCUACACCACUGGGACCAUCAGGUACGCGCCAGCGGACGUAACUCUGGCUAUGGCACAAGGCAACCUCCUCCCUAAUGCUGCCAUGAACUUUGUUGACAGCUCAGGGUUCGGCCUGGACCCUAAGACACCUAUGGAGAUGCUUUACCAUCAUGUCCACAGGCUCAACAUGUCUGCAGCAGCAGCUGCUGGCCCCUUUGUCGGAUCUCCUACUGCCACAGGUGGGAACGGUGCCCUUGGAGGUCAGAUGCCAACAACAGCCAAUGUCUUCACCACAGCAGAGGGACUGUUCUCAACGCUACCAUUCCCAGUGUACAGCAACGGGAUCCACACCACGCAGACAACACUGGAGAGAAAGGAGGAUUAGCAGAAAGUAUCCAAGACCGCAUUACUGUGUUUUCGGAAUCAACAACUGUGACUGCUCAAAGACUGCUCACUAGUAAAUAAAAAUGAAAGACUAUUUACUUGUUUUAUCAACACGGUUUAGCACUGUGUUUCCGAGAGAAGAGAAAGGACAGGGAAGGAUGACAGAUGUACUCUAGCACUUUGAAUCUCAGAAACUGAGCUUGCGUAAUAGACCCUCAAACUUGUCCCCCUUUUCUAUCUGUUUUCUCUCUCCUCCUCAUCCUCUUCUCCUCUCUCAGUCUCUCACUUUGCUCCCGUUUCUUGCGAUCAGCAACUCUUUUCUCUUGAACAAACAAAAACCAGACUAUUCUUUAUUGUAAAGAACCCCUUUUUUGCCUACAGAGAAUUCAUAUUGCCUAAGGACUCAGUUGGAGCCUGAUGGGGAUAAUUUUUAUUAUUUGACUUGUUUCUGUUGCAUCUUUAUAAAGAUGUGGAUUGUGUGUAUUUAAAGGAGGACGGUACAGGGAUUUGUAACAGACAGAGAACUCUAUGUGGCGUUUCUUCUUAUGUAUCUUGAUGUGAUCAAGGCUUGAAAAGAACGUUUUUAAACCGAGAGGGGGGUGCUCUCUUGCGCCCCACAAAGGUCUCAGAGAUAAUCUUUUGAAAAAAGGUGUUUCGAGAAAGUUUCUCAAUUGAGGGAAUAGUUUAGUGAAUUAAUGCUGUUUUUUUUUCUUUUACUUUUAUCCUUUUCUUUUUUUUUUUUAUAAAAUAUUCUAGCUCAGAUUUCACUUACGAAUCAAGCAUUAAAAAGAAAAACAAAAAAAGCAAUUUCAGCCGGGUAAUGACCUGUGAAUUAUCGAAUGUUACUACUUCCUCUUUUAUCCCAGGAGUUUACCUACAGGUCUCGCACCAAACAUAGCCUCCUCUACAUCUCUUCCCAUCUCAAUCUGUCGCUCUCUCUCUUAUCUUUCACGCUGUCUGCCUGACCUUUCAUGUUUCUGUCCACAUUUCUUCCUGUCAAUUCUACAGAUUUGUGGUGCUACCGACCGUCCAGUAACCCUGAUUCAGCUGGCUGAUGUGGGUACUGUAAACAAACCCACAGCUCGUUGAUAGACUGAUAUCAUUUUUUUAUUUUUUGGAGGGGGGAAAGAUUUUAAAGUUUGUUUUUGUUUGUUUGUUUGUUUGUUUUUCUGACCUUCAGGAAAGUCAGAAACACAGGAAAAACCUGUAAAUCAGCAACAUUAUCUCCAUGUUUCACCUACAUGUCCCUCUCCAUUCUGAUUGGGCCACAAGGGGCAGCGCUGCAUAGCAACAUGGAGUUGAUUGGUUGAAUUUUAGGCUGUACAGUGUUGUUUUUAUUUGUAUGUAUUUUCUAACUUAAUCACAUUAAAUGCUCAGUGAGACUGAGUCUAAUUAGCUAGCAGCACUAACUUAAGAAAUGAAUGUUGACAACCUUGACCGGUUCUUGUUUAAUCACUGUUUUGUAAUGCAGUUACUUUAUUCCUUGUUUCCCCCCCUCCUCCUCCUCCUCUCUUUCUUCCUUAACCAGAAUCACCUCCGCAAGAUUUUCCUAAAAAAAAAAAAAAUCCACUCUCUUCCAUCUCAUUGCCGGACCCUGUGAUUAAAAACCACAUAUCAAUAAGGAGAUUGUAAUAAAGACAUGCAUUUUCAAUCAAUCUAUCAAACAAUCAAUCUAAUAACUAUAAGAAAAAAAUUAAUAUGCGGUUUUUUUGAGGAAGAAAAAAAUCACAUUCCUUUAAAUAAUGUUGUCUUUGUCAUUGUUCUUCUGUUUCGCGUUCUUUUCUUCCCCGAGUCUACGUUGCCAAAAAAAAAAAAAAGAAUUCCUUAAUCUCACAAGUUUAGUGUUUGAAAAGCACUGUGAUUCUCGUUCAUUUGUAUUUUUAUUUCUUCUACUUUUUGGUAAUAAGAGAAAAAAGAGGAUAAGUAUUAAUUAAAACAGUAUAAAAACUGUCACACCAUCCAUCUUUUUAAAGCUGACAGCCCCGUCUUUGCCAUCCUGCCAUCCUUAUUACCCAGUGUGAUUAAGCCGUAAAAAUGUGUUACCAAUGUGUUUAGUGUCACUGGCUGUCAAAAAGUCUUUCAUGGCGACUUCUCUCUCUGUGUGUGUUGACUAUAUGCAGUAUAUACUGAGCUACUGUAGCUGUUUUUGUCCUUUGUCUUCUCUGUGCUCUAUCUCUAGUGUGGGGGAAAGGAGAGGGGAGGGGCUAGAGGGAAAAGGAGGUGGAGUCUAUGGGAUGAUUGACAUCCCCCCAAAAAACAACAGCUCCUUGUCUCUCUUGCUCCUUCUCUUUGUCCUUCUCCCUCUAUCAGCAGUCUUAGUGAAACCAGUGGAGGUUCGUGGAAUUUAGUGUUCGGUGGCCUUUGCAAAAAGCAAAAAAAAAAAAAAGUUUGUAGAGUCCACCUUUUUUUUCGCUGCUUCCUUGUCUUUGUAAAACCUCUUGAUUUUGUUUUCUAAUCCUUCUCUCUCUUUCUCUCUGCUAUUGCUUUUUGCUGUUGUGUAGUCUUAUACAAACCUCUUUAUCUCACUGUCUUUUCUCUCAGAGAUGAAAAGAUUCUCUAACUAGCUCAAAGGUUUAUGGAGCCAUGUUUUUGCCACUAAGGAAUUCUGGGAAUCAAAGUUUCCAGCUAUUGCAUACAAAGCAUUAGAUAACUAAUAAAUAUUUACAGUAUAUUAGAAACAAAUUAUGACAAAGAAAGGCCUAAAGUAGGAUUUUAGCUGUAGACUUAUGACCCAGAAAAACGCCUCAGCUGUGAAACCUUUUCCCAGGGUCCCUUUGGGCUUCUUGUGUGCAUUGGGUGUAUUUCAUUGGUUCCCACCAAAACUUGUUGACUUCCUGCGCAAACUUCUCUCACGGGACAAACAAAGUUAAACAAGUGGUUCAUGGGGGAAGAAAAAAAAAUCACGGUAGUCUUUCAGGACACGUAAUAAAAAAAAUGAUUUUAAAGAUUUCUAAAAUAACUAAAAGAAGAAAAAAAUAUUUCGCACUAUAAAUCUAUUUUUAUAGGUGUUUUGGAAAACUGAACUGCAUGUUUAGUAAGUUUGUCCGAUGCAUUUCACAUAGUCGAACCCUCGUUUUUUGUUGUUCUGUUUGUUUUUAUUUUCAGUUCAGCACUUUCUUUCUUCUCCUUCUUCUUCUUUUUUCUUCAGUCUGUCGAGCCCAGUCUGUUAUCAAACUGACCCGGGCCUCUCAUCACCCCUUCACAUCAGGAAAACCAAUCUGUAGGUUGUGUGCUGUCUGUGAAGAAUCGAUGUCUUGUUACUGCAACUAAUGUGUACAACAACGAAACAAAUCCAGGUUAAGAAAUUGAACAAUGUGCUUAUUUUUUUUGCGCUCAAGUAAGAGGAAUGUGGUUUGGGCCACCCGACCUGCCAGUUUAUUGUCGGGUCGUUUGUGGUUGAAUGUUAAAUUUGUCAUUUUGGGAGCAUUUUGCUGCUCCUCUAGAUUUUAGCAUUUUCUACCUUUUGGCAGUUUUGCAUGAAAAGCGGGGGGACGGGGCAUAGGUGAAUGACGCUGCUGCCCCGUUUGGUAAAGAAUCGGGCACGAGAUAUAGUGUAGGUGGUGAUGACAGCGGUGGGUGUUGAUGGUGGUGCGGGGUGGGUGGGGGAAUACAUAACUCAGACGAAAACCAGGAAAUACACCCACAUGUAACAAAAAACCAAACAGCCAGUCCAAGCUGUUUCAAUGUUUUUUCUGUGUUUUAUGUCGAAAAAUGAAAACUUUGCUGGUGAUUUUAAAAACUUAAAAACCUUAAUCACAGCUGCUGUCAAAAAUACAUAGUGUUUAAGAAAUACAAAUAUUGAAAAAUCACUUCAUUUACCUGUGAAAAAACUGUGUCUGUGUUUUUAACUAUUUCUUGUACAAUUAUACAGAUUCUUUUAUGAGGAACUUGGUGCCAAGUAGCUGAAAUACGGGAGAGAGGGAAUCUCUUAUUAUCAAUGUUAACAGUGUUAUAAAAUUCUAAAUACAAACAAAUUAAAAUAUUAAAAAAGAGAAAACUAUGGUACAUUUCUAUUUUUUUCCCCCCUCUCAGAAGAGUGGGGGGAACUCAUGACUAACUGAUGCUAACUUUGAGUGCCUGGCUUAUUUUUUUAUUAUUAUUUUUGAAAGACAUCUUUUUGAGUUCAUUUACCAUGAAUAAUGCUGCAAAUCCGAAAAUGUACAUACUUCAUUUUUAUAGCAGUUGUUCUUUUAUAAGUUUGCUAGGUUCUCAUCCGUUCAGAAGAACAUGUCAUAUACAUGGUUGUCUUUCUGUAACCCGGUUUUGACCAUCUUACA